AUGAGACUUAAAAUACUAUGGUGCCUCUUGGCGUUUCUACCUUUGCUCAUCCAUGCCCAAGAUGACGAAGAGUACAUAAUCAACGAGUGGCCUACAGAAUCCCGUCCAACUGUAGCAUGGUACAUCAAUAACAAUGCCGCAUCACAUGCCAAACGUGCAAGCGACCUAAGGAAGUCAUUUUUCAGACCCAUGUCGCUCAGUGCCUACGGAAACCCAGGCGAGACCCGAUACGCUGCGACUUGGAUCAACGACGGAGCAAUGGGCCAGCCCUGGCAGAUGGGAUGGGGCAUGUCGCUUAAAGCUUUCGACGAAUGGGUUAGCAAGUGGAGGAUGCAAGGCUACCGGCUGGUCAUCAUCAGUGCAAAUGGACCAGCAGGUAAAGCUGCAUUCCACGGCGUCAUGGCAUUUCCCUCCGAUCGCCUCAAGUGGGCUUACAAGUGCGAGAUUAAGGACCUUGACAAGUACAUGGCAGGUAAGGAUAAUAACGGUAUAUCGAGGGUCAACAGUUUCCGUAUGUAUGGAGAAAUGGACGACAGAAGAUAUUGUGUUUUGCUCUACGAGAACAAGGGCAACGAGCGAUGGGCACUGGAACACUCCGAGCCAGGCGCGAUGCCAAAUGAGAGCUGGGUAUCUGAAUUCAACUACCCACAUGUAUCGCGACAAUUCCUACGGCCUCACAAACUCUUUGUUUCCGACGAUGGCGUUAUCACACCCCUGAUGACUGACGUGAGCAUCGGAGGUUGGUCAGCCGCUGUUCGUCUCGACCAAGAGCAGAUGGCCGAGGAGAUCCGCAGACAAGGUCACCAGUGGUUCAUGCCAAUCGACAUACAGGGAGCCUCAGGUCUCGGCAAGACACAGUUUACUGCUGUCUUCGCUGAACGCAUGCGAUACCAGCCUCGGUUGUGGGCAGCGCAUGGAAAAGUUUCGGGUUUCAAGAACAACAAGGAGGCUAAGAAGGAGCUGGACAUAAUGAUGAAGAAAUUCAUGGUGGAGAACGGUAUUCGGCAAGCCCAAAUAUCCAUCGGUGCAAGGGGCCACGCCAUGCUUGAGCGAAGCUAUACCUGGGCCGAAACAGCUUACGGCAGCGUGAAACCCGACGAUGUUUUCCUCAUCGGAGGUGUCAGCAAGAUGUUCCUAUACGCAGCGGUCAAAUGGUGCGUUGAUCAGCUACUAGUCGAAUACGACACGCCCGUCUACAAAUUGCUAGGCUAUCGCAACCCCUUCGAUGAGCGCGCAGAAGACAUCACCAUCCAGCACCUUCUUGAUCACACAGCAGGUUACGACCGAGACGAUUCUGGAGAAGCCGCCUUCGAAUUCGGCAAGGUUGGACUGACACUGCCGCACAAUGGCACCGAGCCCGCCACUCUUCACGAUGUGAUCAAAUACAAGCUUAAGCAGAGGCUCGAUUACAACCCGGGCGAGCGCUUCGUUCACUCUCAUUAUGGCUCACUGCUGUUGGGUGAAGUGGUAGCGAACCUCACCGAGAUGCCCUACGUGGAUUUCCUGAAGAAACAUAUCCUCGACGGCCUCGAUGUAUCAGUGUUUGAGACUGACUCCAAGGCUCACUUGAAAGACAAGAUUGUUCAACAAGGCUUACAGAUUGGUGUUGAUGCUAGAUAUCCCGGGAAAGGGGAGUAUGUCGCUGGAAUAUAUGGAGGAGACGGCGCCAUUAAGGAAGAAACCGCCGCCGCCUUUUCUCUCCGCGCAAGUGCCACCAGUCUCAUCAAGUUUGCUGGCCAGCAUUGCAAGUAUCCCUCUUCAUUUUCACAAGACAAAAUAAAGCUAACCAGCCUAUCUACAGCCGUCGCAAGAGUCGGUAAACGCCGGGAUGGCUACCGAAGGGGAGGAAUAGAAGGCGGAUACGCCUACGUCGAGUCACAUGGGGAUUUUGACUGGGCUAUGGUAUUCAACACGAGGGAGUUUGCCUCCAAGAAUGCAGUUGUACGCCUCGCCCACAAGAUUCGGAAGUUCAUUGAUAAAACCGUUGCGGAGAACAAGUAUGGCCCAUUCACACUUACAUGCAACCCUGGGCCUGAAAUCUUUGGCAAGUCGUUCCCCGGAAUGCAGGGGAUAUCCUUCGACAGUUUGGGCCAUUUGCCUGAUUGCACCGAGGAGGAAUUGGAUGAGCUCAUGCACGACAGGAAGGAUGGAUAG